CUCUCUAUGCCGCCUUCUUCAUAUUCUUUUCCGCAUUGGUAUUAUGAGCAACGGCUCAGCCUUUAGGUUUGUUCCGGAAACGAAGAAGAAAAUGAAUCUUACCUCCUUCUCGCCCAAAUUUUAGUGGAAAUCCAGGGGCGUAUCCGAUUUCUCCUCCCCUUCGAGCUUCUCCACGCCCGCCAUCCGGUUCCUUGCGGGGGCAUCAGCCGCCUAGAUCGGUUUCCCCCUCUUUCUUCUGGGGCAAUUCUGGUCCCACGCGAGGUUCCUUGCGGGAUUCGGAUGAUCGGUUGAUCUAAUUCCGCGGCGCGAUGACCUACCGGGCUCAGGAUGUUGAGAACAUCGUUGUUCUGGAUACGAAGUUGGGGGCGGGGGAGGUGAAUGGGGAUUACGUGAGGUUGGGGGAUGGCGAACCCCGGGGGGUUGCCGGGGUGCUGCCGCAAUGCCCCUACAGGAGGUGCAAUUCGGUUUGGUGGUGGAUCAGGGUGGUCCUCUUGGGCGUUUGCUUGUGCGCCGCAGCGGUGCCUCUCAUCAUCUUUGCCGGCCCUUUGAUCAUCAAAAAGGUGGUUGUACCAUUCUUGAACUGGGAGAUGGCAACAUUCAGCAGACCAGUUCUUGGCUUGUUACUUUUUGCUUGUAUUGCACUGUUUCCGACUAUGAUUUUACCUUCAUCGCCUUGUAUGUGGAUAGCUGGGAUGACUUUUGGCUAUGGCUAUGGCUUUCUGCUAAUUAUGGCAGGGAGCAGUAUUGGCAUGUCACUGCCUUUUUUUGUUGGAUCAUUUUUUCGUCACAAUAUACAUAGAUGGUUGGAGAAAUGGCCGAAAAAAGCAGCUAUUGUUAAAUUAGCUGGUGAAGGAGAUUGGUUUCAUCAAUUUCGAGCUGUUGUUUUACUCAGGAUUUCACCAUUUCCAUAUAUUAUUUUUAAUUAUGCAGCUGUUGCAACCAAUGUUGAAUAUGGUCCGUAUAUAUCAGGUUCACUCGUAGGAACCAUCCAUGAGACCUUCAUUACAAUUUACAGCGGAAGACUACUUCAAAGCUUAGCAGAUGCAACCAACACUGGGGGUUUCCUUUCACUGGAACAGGUUAUCUACGACGUAAUUGGCUUCUGCAUUGCAGCAGCUGCCACUGCAGCUAUUACUAUCUAUGCCAAGAAAACUCUUCAAACCCUUCAAGUGGAGGAUGAGCUUAGUUAGCCUGAACAGAUUCAAACCCAUUACUUGGAGCAUGUAGAGUUUAUUUUUACAUUGGUGGAGCAUCCUUGCUGAUUUUCCACUCUUUUUCGCCCUUGCUGAAUUGCACAUUUUUUCCCUUGCUGAUUUACUACAGGAAAUGAGCUCAUGGUAUGAUCUGUAUGAUCUACGUGAGACUACUACGCAGCAAAUACUGUAAAAGGUAACAAAUAGGAGAUGAUUAUUACAUGUAUGGACAUCAUUGAUGCAGGAUUUGUGAAACUACACGAUCUCAAACUGUGUAUUAUCUUUCAUGUAACUUGUUUGUGGCAUCAACUUCAUUAUUGAUA